AUGUGGACUCAAAAUAUCGCCACGAACACCGGCACUGUUCAUUGUGGUGCUAAUCAGCCUGCUCAAAACCACCGAUCUCCAAUUACCAGCGAAGGUUUUGGUGCUAGUCACCCAGAAACUCGUCGUGCUGUGGUGACUAGACAUGAGCAGCGUCAGCCAUACGACCGUAGAAGGGAUCGUGAUUUGAUUGAAUUACGUGGGCGCUGCGCACAGUUGGAAAAGACGGUUCGUUGGUGGUCGGACUGUACGACGAAUUGGCGUGAAAAGUGGUCCUGCGUUCGGGAUGAGCGAAACCAACUGAGGGAAGAAUUGCGUAGAACUAAGUUGGCUCUAACUGCUCUGCAGCGGCAAAACGAAGAACUUGUUCACCGCCUUGAUCAGCUAUCUGCUACCCGAAAUCAAUCACCUGAUGAAAUUGUUAGGAAGAAUCCAGGAUCCUUUGAGUCGCAGCAGAAGCCUAAUGAGGAAGUUUUGCAGCGCAAGAACCGCGAGCUGAAUGAGCAGCUGGCAAAGAUGACGCGUUGUUUGGUAUCGGCGAGUGAACACCCUCAUCAAGAUCGCCGCAAUCACUCCUCGGGCGCUUCCUCGUGUUGUCAAUCUUCCGCUUCGCGCAGCGCCUCUUCCUCCCCGUUCUCCGCCAGCUGUGCCUCCACCUCCGCCUCUGGCACCGCCUCUUCCCGCGCUAGCCACAUAUCACCGCUUUCCACCCAAGGUAGUGUAGCCACUUAG